AUGUCACAAGGUUUCGAUUUACCGACUACAACAUCCACAGCAUCCACAUCUGACAUACCAACACGGAUAGAGAACAAAUGGAUCCCUCAGGCUUCAACUAAUCUGCUAAAACCACCACAAAUCAUUGAAUACGGUCCACUGCAAGGACAGGCCGGAGACAGCUUCCACGUUGAUCUCAACUCACACAAUUUAGAUGCCAACACACUCAGAAUUGCGUUUAAUUCUUGUUUCACAACAUGUCAUUGCACACUAAAUACGGUUACUCAAAUCAUCACACUUCAUACGACUGUACCGAGUGCUACAAUGGUCGCCUGCAAUGACAUGUCAAGAAUACCUAUUUAUAUAGCGGUUGUACAAGACGAGAAAAUACUCGACAGUUGGUUCAUCGGCUACUUUAGUUACCACUUGACGAGAAAAAGAGCUUCAACUGAAUUCAGCCCCAUUGACCUGCAUGCUGUCAACGAAGAGUCAAAGCGGCCGAGAUCAGGUCCAUUCAGUAGUAUGGGAUAUCCAGCUGCUGCUAAUGCUACAUCGUCUUCACCUUCUCCUCAGCAACAAUCAAGCUACUAUUCGCUCUCUGCGCAACAACAGCAACAACAACAACAACAACAACAGCAGCAGCAGCAGCAGCAGCAGCAGCAGCAGCAGCAUGCGCCCUAUGUGGGUCUACCUCCUACACAACCAUCUCCAAGACAACAGAGAGAAUUUUAUGAUGAUCCAUCCAUGUACAGCAGCUCCACUAGUACCAAUUCCAAUGUGGCUGCUGCCGUGGCUGCUGCUGCGGGUGUCUAUAAUACAUCAACGGCCACUGAUCCAAAUCAAUUCCAGUCCUACAAUCCCAAUUACCCUCCUCUUUCGCAACAACCACAAGAAAGUUAUAUGAUGCCAAUCAUGAGUUCCAUGUCGCAACCAGCUUCUGCUCCUCCGCAACCACAGCCAUCACAGUCUGCUCCUCCUCCUUCCAUGUCCAUCACUACGACAACAGCAACAGUGCCACCCAUUCAAAUGAAGCCUACCAUGCCAUUACCUAUAUCGACUACACCCAUUAUGUCUCAUAGUGCUGUCAUGGUGCCCACAGCCUCCUCUGCAGCAGCAGCAGCAGCAGCACAGAAAACAUCGCCUACCAGUAAUCCUUUUGCCAAUCUAUUGAACAAGGCAAAUCUAAUCAUUGAAGGCGAUUUAGCAGAUGUGUUGAAAGAUUGGUCAUCUGAAGAAUGGGAGAACCAGCGUCGAUUAAUCCAGUUCUAUCGAAAGCAGGAGGGCAAUAAGGUGACAUGUCGUUUUGAAACGUUCCAUCUACCAGCAGAAAAGUCCAAGCAGCCUGACAUGAACAAGAUCAUUGUGGUUUCUUGCAUCUACUGGAAAGAAAAGAACGAGUAUUUUGUCACAUCGGUGGAUUGUAUUUAUCUGUUGGAGCAUCUGAUUGGCGUCAAAUUCACAGUGGAAGAAAAGAACCGCAUUAGAAGAAACUUGGAGGGAUACAAGCCAUUGACAGUGAGCAAGCUGAAGCCAGAGUCUGCUGAAUUUUUCAAGCUGAUCAUGGGAUUUCCUAAUCCAAAGCCGAGAAACAUUGAAAAGGACGUCAAGGUGUUUCCGUGGACAACGCUGGGCACAGCGCUGAAAAAGAUCAUUAGUAAAUACACUGCCAGUUACAGCAGCACAGCCAGCGUCAACUACGAUUUACUGAAUACUGCGGACAGCUAA